AUGUUCUCCAACGCGCUCAAGUCCAUCUCCGCUACAAACAUCACAGGCAACUACACAAUCUCUCCCAACGCAACCUCGACGGCCGGCCCGUGGCGCAUCUACGAUGCCAAGAAGAAGUCGACCGGCAAGCCUUAUAGCGUCUUCGUCUUUGACAAGAAGUCGCUCGAUGCCCAGGGCAACGCUCUGGGCCGCUCCGGCGCCAGCUCCUUCAAGAAAACAGUCGAGGAGGUUGUCGAGCGGCUGAAAAAGGAAGCUUCCAGUCUAGCCAAGCUGCGGCAUCCCAACAUCCUCGAGCUCGUCGAGCCGGUCGAGGAAACACGAGGCGGCGGCCUGCAGUUUGUGACGGAGCCCGUCACGGCGUCGCUGGCCAGCCUUUUGCAGGAAAAAGACGAGCAGGAACGGUCCGGCGGCCCGGGGGGGCGCUCCAGCCGCUAUGUCACCGAGGACGCGGACGGCGUGCGGCGGCGGAGGGAGCUGGAGAUUGAUGAGCUCGAGAUCCAAAAGGGUCUCUUGCAAAUCAGCAAGGCUCUCGAAUUCUUCCACGAGAACGCCGGUCUUGUUCAUGGCAAUCUCACGCCCGAGGCUAUUCUCAUCAACGCCAAGUCGGAUUGGAAGAUGAGCGGGCUUUCCUUCUGCAGUCCUGUAGACGGCUCCAAUAAGCCAACCUCGAUACAAGGCAUCAGCCUCCAUGAAGUUCUCAACCUCGACCCUCGGCUACCCAAAUACGUCCAACUAAACCUCGACUACACAUCCCCCGACUUUGUCAUGGACAACAACCUGACAUCCUCCGCCGACAUGUUCUCUCUGGGCUUGCUCGCCGUGGCCUUGUACAACUCCCCGCACCGAUCGCCCCUCGAGAGCCACGGCAGCAUUUCCACGUACAAGCGCCUCUUCUCCUCAUCGGCCACUGUUCCCUCUGGGUCCAACGGCUUCCUGAGCUCGCGCCCGCUGCCAAAGGAACUCGCCAACCAUGUGCUGCCGCGCUUGAUUACGCGGCGGCCCGCGCAGCGCAUGACGGCGCGCGAAUUUCAAGAGAGCGAAUAUUUUGACAACAUCCUCGUGUCGACCAUUCGGUUCCUUGACUCCUUUCCGGCCAAGACGCCGAAUGAAAAGUCACAAUUCUUGCGCGGGUUGAACAAGGUGCUACCUUCGUUUCCCAAAUCCGUCAUGGAGAAGAAGAUUCUGCCCGCCCUUUUAGACGAGCUCAAGGACAAAGAUUUGCUGUCUCUCAUUCUUCAAAAUGUCUUCAAAAUUGUCGACCUACUUCCCUCGGCGCGUCGGGCUUUUGGCGAGCGUGUUCGUCCAGCGCUCAAAGAGAUAUUUGUCACCAACGCAAAACAAGCACAAGAAAAGGACGGCGCUCGAGAUGCUGGCCUCAUGGUGUUUCUGGAGAAUUUGGCCUCGGCGGCCAACAACUGUAAUGGCAAAGAAUUCAAAGACGCUGGAUCAGAUAUCCUGCCUGUCGUUGUUGCUGCCAUUGAAUGUCCUACACCUUCAAUAGUCGACGCAGCUCUGCGCAGUCUCCCAGUCGUCCUACCGGCGCUCGACUUUAGCACCAUCAAGAAUGAGUUGUUCCCCAUCGUCGCCGCCGUUUUCAGCAAGACCACGAGCUUGGCAAUCAAGGUCCGCGGUCUGCAGUCGUUUGUUGUUCUCUGCGGUGGCUCCAAUGAUUCCUCUGCUGGCGAUGACGGCCUCAGUGGCCUUGCCCAGGAAAAGAAGAAGGCGUCGUCGUCGACCGCGCUGGACAAGUACACAAUGCAAGAAAAGAUAGUGCCUCUCAUCAAGGUCAUCAAGACCAAGGAGCCCGCCGUCAUGAUGGCGUCCCUCGCUGUGCUCAGCAUCGUCGGCGACAUGGCCGACGCUGACUUUGUCGCUAUGGACAUUCUCCCGAUCCUGUGGAGCAUGAGCCUCGGCCCGCUGCUCAACCUCAAGCAGUUCCAGGCGUUUAUGGCCCUCAUCCGGACGCUCUCGCGCCGCGUCGAGGACGAGCAGACACGCAAGCUGCAGGAGCUCGCCGGCACGUCCAACGGCGCGACGGCAGCGCCCAACGAGGACUUUCUCGCCUUUGGCGGCGUCACCGGUACCGCAUUUGACGGCAGCGGAGGCGCGAAUGGUGCCACAGCCGACGACUUUGAGGCCCUUGUCAAGGGCAAGGCCGGCAGCAGUCCCAACCCAGGCAGCAACGGUUUCGCCAGCUGGGACGCGCCUCAGCCUAACCUUGGGGUCGCCGCCGCAGCCAAGUCCCCCGUGAGCCCGCAGACGCCCGCCUUUUCUUGGUCGACAAAUGCGCCCGCCAGCCCAGCUGCCGGUCGCUCGUCCUUCUCACAGCAGCAGCAGGCCGGCUUCCGCACCGUCACGCCAGACUUGGCGCGCUUCGAGCCCAUGGCGCCGUCCUCGACGCAGUACAGCCAGCCGCUGAAGCCCUCGCCGGCGUCUUCCUUUGUACAACCUGCCAGCACAACUUCGCACUCGAUGUCGUCCUCUGUCAAUUGGGCCGCCGCUGCCACCACGGCGAACCCCUGGUCGUCGACCAGCGGCGGCAGCUCUCCCAACUAUGGUAACAUGGGCACCGGCAGCAUGGCGUCGUCCCUGGCUAGCCUGUCCAUGAGCGGGCAGCAGCAGCCGCAUCGUCCGGCGCUACCGACACAAACGUCGUCGUUUUCGCUGCCGCCACCGCCGGGAACUGGUUUCAGUAAACCCACGGCGUUUGGCGGCAUACAGCCCAGCAGCACCUCGGCGUGGGCGAAUAGCGGUAGUGGGAGUAGUAUGGGUGGCAUGAUGGCGCAGCAGCAGCAGCAGCAGAGGACGUUGAGCGGUAGCAGCUUAGGCGGGAUGAAUGCGAGCGGGGCUGUCAAUACCAAUACCAAUACCAAUACGGCAGGGCAGUCCAAGGGUGGACUGUCCAAGUAUCAAAGUCUGAUAUAG